GUAGGAUCGCAACGACAAAGGCGGGGCUUAGCACCACCGGCGGAAGGAAUCCGGUUGCGAAGGUGGAGGAGCUGCGUGGGAAAAAGGACUUUUACCAGUUUUCAUCAUGUCGAUUAUGUCCUAUAAUGGUGGGGCCGUAAUGGCCAUGAAAGGGAAAAACUGUGUGGCUAUUGCUGCUGAUCGGAGGUUCGGCAUCCAAGCUCAGAUGGUGACUACAGACUUCCAGAAAAUCUUCCCAAUGGGAGACAGGCUAUUCAUUGGUUUGGCUGGGCUUGCCACAGAUGUACAGACAGUUGCCCAGAGGCUGAAGUUCCGACUGAAUCUCUACGAGCUAAAAGAAGGCAGACAAAUCAAACCACAGACUCUGAUGAGUAUGGUGUCCAACCUCUUGUAUGAAAGAAGGUUCGGACCUUAUUACACAGAACCAGUGAUAGCAGGCUUGGAUCCAGUUACAUAUGAACCCUUUGUCUGCUCCUUAGACCUGAUCGGCUGUCCGAUGACAACAGAUGACUUUGUGGUCAGUGGGACCUGCGCAGAACAGAUGUAUGGCAUGUGUGAGUCUCUCUGGGAGCCAGAUAUGGAACCAGAUCAGCUGUUUGAAACCAUAGGCCAAGCCAUGCUGAAUGCAGUGGAUAGAGAUGCAGUGUCAGGCAUGGGUGUGGUAGUCCAUGUGAUUGAGAAAGACAAGAUAACUACCCGAACACUGAAAGCUCGUAUGGACUAAUCAAAUAAUGUGGUUGGUCGGGUGCUCAAUAUUUUGUUUUUCAUUGCCUUGAUGUAAACAGAAAUGCCAGUCUUGUUAAAGAAAUUGUGGGAUUUUUUUGUUUCUUCAUUUAAUGAGAGCUUUUCAAAAGAAUGAGGUAAAAUGUUUUGUUCGUGGAAUAAAAUUUUCAUUAAGAAUUUC